UCCAAUCCUGGAGCACGUCAUGCGCCGCGCUGCUGGUGUUGUGUUUGGAAACGUAACCUCUCGGAUGUGGUGCAGCCCGCGUGCGCCCCUCCACUACUCCUCGUGGAUCCAGCGGGACACUCCGCAGUAUCCCGCCGCCUUUUACGCACGACGUCUGCAGACAAACCGCCUGUCAGUCUCUCGCUCCGCGCAGGACUCUUUCUCCUCCUCCUCCUGACUCCGGAGCGGCUCUGAUUUACAGACCUGGCGGUCGUUGCUUCCUUUUUCGUCGCGAUUUCCGACAAAAUGCGGGAGGCGCGUGUUUUGCGCUUGGCCCGCGGGGAGAUCUGCGAGGUGGCCGCUUGACUGGAGGGGGAUCCCUGCUUCUUCUUCACCUGCUGUACCUCUGGAACUAGAGGAGUUUGGAUGCAAACGGUGGUGAAGCCCGCCACGUCAUGGAGGGACCCGCCUAAGGAGGAUCCAACCUAACAAAGACUGUUUGGGACUUUUUUUAUCCAUCGUAUCAUCUCUUGUGUCAAGUUUCCUGUGGCCAUUUGCAUCGCCAUGGCGGAGAAGUUAGGACCAGCUGGGCUCAAGCCCACCACCCCCACCACCAUCCCCACCGUGACGAAAGCAUCGCCCUCUGUUCCUCCAGAACCUAUCGACAUAAUUCGGACCAAAGCCCGCUCCCGGCGGGUUCGCCUUAACGUAGGAGGUCUGAACCAUGAAGUCCUGUGGCGGACGCUGGAUCGACUUCCGAGGACCCGGCUCGGCAAGCUUCGAGACUGCAACACCCACGAGUCCCUGAUGGAAGUGUGUGACGACUACAGCCUGAACGAAAAUGAAUACUUCUUCGAUCGACACCCGGGGGCUUUCACCUCAAUCCUUAACUUUUACCGUACCGGCAAGUUACACAUGAUGGAGGAGAUGUGCGCCCUGUCUUUUGGGCAGGAGCUGGACUAUUGGGGGAUCGAUGAGAUCUACCUGGAGUCCUGCUGCCAAGCCCGCUACCACCAGAAGAAAGAGCAAAUGAACGAGGAGCUGCGGCGGGAGGCGGAGACGUUGAGGGAGAGGGAAGGAGAAGGAGAGUUCGACAACACCUGCUGCCCAGACAAGAGGAAGAAGCUAUGGGAUCUCCUGGAGAAGCCCAGCUCCUCUGUAGCUGCCAAGAUUUUGGCCAUCAUCUCCAUCCUCUUCAUCGUACUGUCCACGAUCGCUUUGUCCCUCAACACUUUGCCCGAGCUUCAGGUCACCGACGAGUUCGGACAGGCUAACGACAACCCCCAGCUGGCGCACGUGGAGGCUGUGUGCAUCGCUUGGUUCACCAUGGAGUAUCUCCUCCGCUUCCUUUCAUCUCCAAACAAGUGGAAGUUCUUCAAAGGGCCACUGAAUGUCAUUGACUUGUUGGCCAUCCUUCCCUACUACGUCACCAUCUUCCUGACAGAGUCCAACAAGAGCGUGCUGCAGUUCCAAAAUGUGCGGCGGGUGGUUCAGAUAUUCAGGAUCAUGCGAAUAUUGAGGAUCCUUAAGUUGGCCCGCCACUCGACAGGGCUCCAGUCUCUUGGCUUCACCCUGAGAAGGAGCUACAAUGAACUGGGAUUGCUUAUUUUAUUCCUCGCCAUGGGCAUCAUGAUAUUUUCCAGCUUGGUCUUCUUUGCUGAGAAAGAUGAAGAUGCCACAAAAUUCACCAGUAUCCCUGCCUCGUUUUGGUGGGCCACCAUUACAAUGACUACAGUGGGAUACGGUGACAUUUAUCCGCAGACUUUGCUCGGAAAGAUUGUGGGCGGCCUCUGUUGCAUUGCUGGAGUGCUUGUUAUUGCCCUACCCAUCCCGAUUAUAGUCAACAACUUCUCUGAGUUCUACAAGGAGCAGAAAAGGCAGGAAAAAGCCAUCAAGAGGAGGGAGGCUCUCGAGAGGGCAAAGAGAAAUGGCAGCAUCGUGUCAAUGAACCUUAAAGAUGCCUUCGCCCGCAGCAUGGAACUGAUGGACGUAAUGGUGGAAAAAGGAGAGGACAAGGCGUCCCUUGACAACCAUUUGUCACCGGGUCGCUGGGCUGGCUCGCCGAGACACAUACAUGUUGACACCAACCCGAAGUCCCCUGAAAAAAGACAUCUGGAGUCUUUGCCGCAAGGCUCCCCACAUCACAUAGCUACCGGUGCCACCGAAAGUCCGCAUUGGACGAGCAGAACCCCACAGCACCUGAAUGUUCAGAAACUGGAGGAGAUGUACAACCAGAUGACCAAGUCACAGUCCUUCACCAACCUCAACACUACCGGCUCAAUGAGCACCCUAAGCACAACCGUGACUGCCACAGUCUCACCGAAAAAAUCUUGCAGCCAAGAAUCCACACUUAAGGAGGAGGUGGAGUUGGAAAUGAAGGCAGUGGAGCCCUCAGCUGCAGCUAACUUUGCCAGUUCCUCAGUCGAUUUUUUACGAUCAGAUUCAUACUCAGGUGAGAAAAAUACCAGUCCGUGUAAAAGCCAACACCCAGGUGCUCCACCAACCCUUGAUUUUAAUAAACCCCCGGUCUCCAAUCAGAGUUCACUGGAUACCACGGUCAAGGAUGGUUUUAACAGACCUGUCAUCUCAGAGCUCGACAGUGAAGACGCUCAUGUUUUCACGGGUGCUGCUGGUGAUAUGGACAGCCCUUCGAGGAAGAAUAAACCUCUCAAAAUAAAGGGGUUGAAGGUGAACUUCAGCCAUGAAACUGCUGAAGGUCCAUUGACACCACCCAGCACUACCUCCCCUGGAGACAUCAGCUCCAGCAACCUGGAUGAUGAGUCCCCAGAAGGAGAGACCUCCCCACUUCUCCCCAGAUCAGUAAGGCUUCUCCCGGCCGUCCGUGAUAGCGAACCGCGCACCUUGUCGCCAAAGCGCCUGAUGGUCGACACGCCACCCGGAGACGAGGAUCCAUCGACAGGAAACCAUGAAGAGAAGCAGCUGAUGGAAGUGGCAGGUGCUGGUCCGGUGUCACCGAAGACAGCUGGGCAAAACUUCUCGCAAGGUGUGGUCACCGCUGGUGAGACGACGACGUCCGACGACAGCAACCAAAGUGGACUCAAAGUGGAAAACCACAUGUUUACAUCAGAUACUCACCUGAUACUAGGGGAGGGCGGGGUUUCUCCCACCUGUGAAACCAGCAUGUGAGAGUCAGAGGAGCCUGCAGGGACAAGGGACCCACUGCUGCUUGUGAAGGAGAAAGGUGAUAAGAGGUAUUUUUGCAUGGCAUGAGAAGUCACUUUUAUUGUGUCAUUGUUUUUGCUGAAAAAGAAACUGCAGCACUUGGUGCAGACUUACAAAUGGUUCCUGGACGGAUCGACGGAUGGAGACACUUUGGUCCUACUUAUGUACAUAUGGACUGCUGCUUUUUUUUCAAGCAGAAGAAGGAAAGUGCACAGAGCAACUUGUAUAAAGCAUGCGUUUUCAACAGUGACUCACAUUUUACGGUGCUUAGUUUGCUAAAAGCGCUUCACUGUAAAUAAUAGGACUUCAUGGCAAUGACAAUGCACAGGAUGGUCACGGAAAGCUGUCACUUAAAGUACAAUUAUUUGCAAUGAUGGGGGGUGUUGGGGUGGGAUGAACUGAGUGCCCUAUAAGUGGGUGUUGCAUCGUAGCGACCUAUUAAAAAUACAUAUCAUUACUUUUUGUGGAAAUGCAAAUGGUUCCCGUAAAAACCCUCUAUUCUUUGUGUGAACUGUACCGUUGAAGAAUCCGUUUUUAUUCGUCAUUUUGAGUGUCCAGUGUCCCGUCGUAGGAGCAAAGGUCAAAUCCUGUACUACACGACUUUCCUGCACUUUAAAAUGACACUUUGUCUUAGCACCUUUCAGGGAAUGAGCAGCUUUCCGUCGACUCCGAAUGCAGCUGGAGCCUUGCUGACAUAAAAAGGCACAUGAAAUCACUUUCUGUCUGUAUGUUGGAAGUUAAUUCUAAACAUUUUAAACUUGGACCUCUUUAUUCCAAAAAAAAAGGUUCUGAUUAAUGGAGAUAAAAGGAAGCCUGUAUGUGCAGCGUAACAAUAACCAGAAAUCAAACUCCUCCGGGUUUAAACCUGCUGCCUGUCUAGACUACACGAUUACUCCCGUGGAAUCUUUGAAGGUCACUAAUCGGCAAAAAAAAGAACUUUCUGGAUAUCUCAAUAAGUUAUUUUAACAUGAAAAUCCAAAAGUAUUUUUAGUCCGUCCAGACAAUGUGGUUUUCAUCAUACUGAAAGAGACCUUAUCCAUGACACCAAAUACAGAAUUUCACUGGAAACCAUGUAGUAUUCUGAUGUUUCUGAAGCCUAAACAAACGGGAACAGGAAGGUUCACAGGCUCUACAACUGCAAGCAUCUCCUCUGGUGCUCAGGCUCCGCAUCAGAACCCUGGGAAGAUACAGAACAUCACUGUAGCUCGUGAAACACAGCAGAGCCUGACUAUACGCAGUGUUCACACACUGAUACAAACUGCACGGGGGUUGCUGCCAAAGACCGAGGUAAGCUGCUCAUUCACUCAGCCCAUGAUAGUGAAUAUCACACUCUGAAUGACAGCACGUCAUAUACAAAUGAAUCUGAACAAACUGACCAAAUAAAACCCCAAUAGAUCCUCAUGACUGAGUGAGAAAUGUGUCGUACAAUUUUAUGUUGAUCAUCUAUGUGAAAAAGGUGGUUUAACGUGCGGAAGUCGUGUAGCAUGUGAUAAAAUAAAAAACAACCUCAAGUAGCCAUUGGUACUGUUAGAUCAGGAAGGUCACAUUAGGCGACAGUUUGCCUGCAGGAGUAAUCCAAGGUUGGGGACAAGGUUUAGGAAACCAUGUUUUUUUUUUAACUUAUUUGAUCCAAAUCAAAACAAUACAUCAUAUUUACUCUCCAACUUGUAUACAUAAAAAAAAGUAGAAAAUGUGAAAUCUGUAGCCUGUAGAGUGAUGGUAGGGAAGUAUUUCUACUAUAAAGACAUGCUGAGUUUAAGAAAAUGUAUGAAUUAACCACAGUAGAUCUGGUAACAACCACUCAUGUAAGCUUCACGCAGUAUCUAUUUUGAUGAGUUUUUCUGAUAUUAAUGGACCAAAACAAGCACAGUGAAAAGCUCUGGCAGUCGCAUAUUAGGAUCACAUGUUCCAACAACAGAUUUUUAAAAUUUUUGAUUUCCUGAUUUGUCUUCUGUGUGCUCUUCCUCAGUGCCCUGUUGCUAUUGUGAGCAUUUUGUUCUGCGCUACUGCAAGUUUAUCUCUCCUGCUGAUGAAUUGAAGUUCUCUUUUUUUGUACAUCUGUACUGUCUUGGAUUGUAAUUUAUUGUGUCUUUGUGAUCAAGAUAUUUUUCAGUCAAACUUAAACCCAAAGGAUGUUUAUGGUUCUUUUUUUUUUUCUUUUCUUUCUUUCUUUUAUUGUUCGCUGACUGAAAAAAAAAAUAUUUUGCCUUCGAUUCAGAUUUUUUUUUUUUUUUGCUGGAAUUUAAGUUUUCUGAAAGAAAAGUACAUGGUACAGGAGUUGUUUGUCUGUUCAUUCUGUGGUCUCAUUUUUGCAUAUUUAUUUAUGUUUUCACAGAGAAGUGUGGAAUGUGCAAUACCACAAACUGCAAAUCUAUGCAGGCCAAGAAUUGUGGCACUUUAUUUUCUGUCAACGGAGUUUGUAAGUGUACAGGCAGAAACUACUUGUAUUUUUCAAAUGCUAUAUCUUUACUAUCAAGCAAAGCAGUAUUACAACAACAACAACAACAGUCUCACAACACUGCAAAAGGCGGAUCUGCCUUUUGCUUUUUGAUGUAUCCCGGUGUGCACAUCAUGCCGGAUAUAAAUGGACCUCCAUUUUGAUUCGCUACAGGAAGCGGCGUCCAAAUUGACCACUCUAGCCUUUUUUAGCAUUGUUGGAUUCUCAUCCAACAAAUGUCUGUAUAAGAUCAUUUCAAUGGCCACUCACAAAGGAUUAUUCUUUAGUGUGAAUAAACGUGGAGAUUGAUUCUAUUUUUUCUAAUCCGAAAUGAAGCGCGACCACGACUUUCCUGCCAUAUGGUGGUUGAAAUGACGUGUGCCUUUUCAUAGCACUCGUGUUUAUGAGAAGCUCACGGGUCAUUUUGCUUUGUUCAUAUAGCACUGUACAGAAAAUUCUAAUUUUAUAGGAGAAAUCAGGUCUUUAUGUAAUAGAUACAAGUAAUGCUAUUGAGUUCUCAGGUUUUCUAUGACUCUCUGGUGUUCUGAUUGGAUAGAUUCGCUUUAUUUCCUUUCAACAGUUAAUGUCAACAAGUCACUUCUGUACUUCUUGAUAGGUGAUGUUGUCAAAUUCACAUUGAUGUCUUGGCUCCCUGGAGUGAGGAGCUGCAAUAUUUCCUCCGUCCUCCCGAGUGAUCUGUGUACCACAUUCAGUAGCCGCUCCAUCAGUCGUCAGUGAGGCAGAAUGGACAAACUAAGAGACAGAAGUUUCAAAGUACCAGUUCGGAAGAAGAAUAGGGGUCAAACGGAGUGAAAGGAGCUUGAACGCAGGCACUGCGAGAUCCCCACUGUCACUGUGCUGAUCCAUCUGGUUAACUCCCCGUGCUGACACCACAAAGUCCUCCAAUCCCUGCAGCUUCAGAGGAUCUAGCCUCUCGGCGUUCCCUCAGGAAAACCCAUCAUCUCGUAACGCGAAAGGGGAACUUUAAACUCAACAGAAACAAAGCACAGCAAUUUUUACUCCUUUUACAAAUGUCAAAUCCGAGAAGAUUUCCUCAAUGGGCUGGUUUUUUGUAAGCAGUCCACCUUCAUCAAGGCAUGUCCAAAAUUAUAAUGCAUGAUCGUGCAGGUGUGCUUUGUUCUGGUCGCAUUUAGAUUCUGAACCCAGAGGCACGGUGGAUUUCAGGCAUAAACGAUGAGGUCGCAGAGAAAGACCUUCGUGCUCUUUAAGCUUUUGAUGCGAUAUCGCUCCUGCUGUGACCUUACACCCCUUGCUAGGUGAAUCAAGGACAGAAUCUCUUCAAUACAUUUACGCUACACAGCUAAUAAUUCAAAUGACUGGUCUCGGACGUGAUUCUGGUUCUUCACAUGAAUGAUGAAACACUAUUUUCAUGACAGACUGUGAGCAGAGUGUUCUGUAUUAAACCAACUGGAGCACUAUGGAGGCGGUUUGGACAGAUGAAAGCAUACACCUCCAAACUGGAGUGGGCUGGACAAGCGUAUUUCCAUGUCAAACACGAGGUCAACUCAAAAGAAACACACUGUGAGAAGCUGUUUCCAAACCCUGCAGCCCCUAAAAUGCCCUGUGUCGGUAUAACAUGGAUCAAAUGUUGCUUUGGUCCUUCUACUGCUUUCACGCAAAUGACUGAAAAUGAAAACAAAAGUUAGAGUAAGAACGGUUGAAACAUCUUGUAGCAUACCGAUAACUUCACAUCUAUCCAUUUGUCUUCUGUAUGGCCCAAAAAUCUAAAUUUGAUUUAUCCAAUGCUCAUUCAAUUAAGGUUCAUUUUAUCCCAGAUUGAAGAGCUAAGUUUGAAUGUUUGAACGUUCCUUUUUUUCCUAGUAGUUUCCUUUGUUCCUUGUUUGCUUUAGAGUUUUUGUUAAAGCUUUCGUCGAAACUCCCUGCACCUUCACCUCCCCAGUGUGUUUCUGUUCUCCACCAUCAUUGCGUACGCUGUCAUUUUGAGAGGUAGGUUAGAUACCAAGAUCGAUGUUUGCUCCCGUGAUGUGGAUACUGGAAUUCUAUUGGCUAAAGGGAAAGGACUGUGCUCUCUCUCUUCAGUGUCUAACAUCAACAUUAUCGCCUGUGCUUUUAACACUGUCUUGUUUGCUGAGAUAAUGGCUAUUGUCCGUCCAAUCCAUUUAUACUUCAUCAGGCUGCAUUUUUCCUCUGAUGUCUUUGUGUAUUCUGCCUCUUGCUUUCUGUUUUGCUUUGGAAAAUAUUGUCAUUAGACACAUUUUGAGACUGUUUCCUGUAACAGGCAACAUCUUUGUAUGCAUGUAGUAGAACAACUGUGUGACCACAAAACACUUUGUAUUGACACAUGUAUGUCGACAUUUCUGUAGAACGUUGUUCCCCAUUACGUCUAUUAGCAUAUGCAGAAUAACAAAUAAAUGUGUAUAUAACUCCUGUCUGGUUGAUGUUGUAUGACCUUCAGUAGAGUAAGUGCAAAACUGGGGAUGUAAAAUGUCAUUUUUGGCGGGUUAUUCCAGGUGAGAUGCCUCACACUGACCCCAGACAACUAGAAAAUAUGUCCUCACUGAAACCCCUGCUUGGUAUUUUAGCUGAGCUUACUCCUCUGCUUCAAGGUUUCAU